AUGCAAUCAGAUCCCAACUGCGAUGGAGUCGCAUCCCGCGGCAGCUCGCGCCAGCGGCUCUACACUUUGGGUGGCGUGCAGACGCAGCACGGGGACUCCUACGACUCAACCCAGCUGGCCUCCAGUGCCUUGUGCUUCGUGGUCAAAGGCACGGUGCUGACCAGCCGGGUGCUGUGGGCCGAGCAGUUUGUGGUGCUCCUCCUGUAUAUCUUCAGCUGGCGCCUCUCGAAGGCUUUCAUGUCAGAGGCGAUUUCUCAUGGAGACGACAGCCUGGAGAUCCGCAUCACGAGGCACUACACUGAGGUGAUGACCCAGCUGGCUGGCUUUCUCCUGGCCUUCUACACUUCCACUGCGUUGAGCCGUUGGUGGCGCCUUCGCACUGAGGGUGUAGGUCGCAUCUGGGGUGCCAGCAGUCAGCUCAUGAUGCUGCUUGGAACCCUUACGGGGGACAACGCGCUGCUGGCUGCCAUCCGCCGGUACGCACGCGCCUCGUUGGCGAUCCACUUCCUGAGGCGGCGGUACCCCUCCGACUACAUGGAGAAGCUAGAUGAGUUGGUGGAGCGAGGUAUUCUCCUGGAGAGUGAGUUGGCGAAACUCCGUGAGGUAGGCGGCGUUACCCUUGCCGAGAGCGUCUGGACUUGGGUAGCGCGGAUUGUUGUGACACUGGCCAAGACCAACCAGAUGUCGGAGUAUACAUCGCAUCUGCUACAAGUUGUGGAAGAAGGCCGCGCUGGGGCAGCUUGUAUUCAAGCGCAAAUGGGGACACCCAUCCCGCUGCAAUAUGUGCACUUAAUGGGUCUUCUUGUGAAGGCCCACAACGUCAUCCUGGCCCUUGCCUGUGGCUUCCACCUGGCAAGCAUGAGCCACCGAUAUGCCGUUGGCAUCUCACUGAGAGUCUUCCUGGUCCCAUUCCUCUACAACGCGAUCCUGCUGAUCAAUGCGGAGUUGGCAGACCCUUUCGGGGGUGGCGUGAACGCAUUCUCCCUGGACAAGUACGAGAAGGCCAUGGAGAACAAUGGCCGGGGCUAUCUUCGAGCAAGUGUCCAUGUGCUCGUGUCCAGCUGGUUGCUCCAGUUGCAGCCCCAGGGCGCUGCGCCGGCUCACGAACUGCCUGAGUCUGAGAACAGCCCUGCCUUCGGUUUCGGAGUGUCAGAAGACCGGGAGUGGAAUGCACAGGAAGGGGAGGGGAGUUGGAACGGCGUGGUGAGGCAUACAUCUCUGCAGCAUUUUCGCGGCAAGUCAUCUUCGGAUCCGCCCCAUCCAUCGAUCGCCGAGGACUCCGACUUCAGAGUACUUUCUGCACAUUGCAGUCCUCCUCAAUCGGAGAUGCAAUCGGAUGCUAAUGGUAAUGGAGACGGCAGUUCCCGCAAGCGGCUCUAUACUUUGGGUGGUGUCCAGACGGUGCCCGGCAGGGCAUAUCGGCACAUUGACUCUUACAACUCCACACAGCUGGCCUCCAGUGCUCUGUGCUGCGUGGUCAAAGGCACGGUGCUGACCAGCCGGGUUCUGUGGGCCGAGCAGUUUCUGGUGCUCCUCCUGUAUAUCUUCAGCUGGCGCCUCUCGAAGGCUUUCAUGCCAGAAGCCACUUCUCAGGGAGACGACAGCCUGGAGAUCCGCAUCACGCGGCACUACGUCGAGGUGAUUUCCGAGCUGGCCGGGUUUCUCCUCGCCUUCUACACUUCCAUUGCUUUGAGCCGUUGGUGGCGACUUCGCACUGUCGGCGUGAGUUCCAUCUUGGGCGCUAGCAAACAGCUCAUGAUGCUCUUCGGAACACUCGCAGGGGAUCACGAGCUGCUGGCAGCCAUCCGCAGGUACGCACGCGCCUCGUUGGCGAUCCACUUCUUGAGGCGGCGGUAUCCCUCCGACUUCAUGGAGAAGCUAGAUGAGCUGUCGGAGCGAGGUAUUCUGCUGGAGAGCGAGGUGGGCAAGCUCCGUGAGGUCGGCGGCGUUAGCCUUGCUGAGAGCGUCUGGACGUGGGUGGCGCAGAUUGUUGUGACACUGGCCAGGGCCAAGCAGAUGUCGGAGUACAUGCUCGUGCAUCUGCUGGAAGUGGUCGAAAAGGGACGCUCUGGGGCAGGUUGUAUCCAAGCGCAAAUGGGAACACCCAUCCCGCUGCAAUAUGUGCACUUGAUGGGCCUCCUUGUGAAGGCUCACAACAUCAUCCUGGCUCUUGCCUGUGGCUUCCAGCUGGCAAGCAUGAGCCACAGAUAUGCCGUUGGCAUCUCACUGAGAGUCUUCCUUGUCCCAUUCCUCUACAACGCGAUCCUGCUGAUCAAUGCAGAGUUGGCAGACCCUUUCGGGGGUGGCGUGAACGCAUUCUCCCUGGAGAAGCUCGAGCAGGUCGUUGAGAAUUCCGGUCGGGGCUAUCUUCGAGCAAGCGUCCAUGUUCCCGACUGCUUGCCGGAGUUGCGGUCCAAAAUGGAUGGCAUGGAGUUGCCAUAG